AGCUCAUAAUUUAGAAUUACACCUGAAAUGGUUGAUUUCCUUUUGAGAUAUAAUGCAUGUUAAUAUGGUUAUAUAUAGAACUGACAAGCCUUCUCUUCUACUCAUCAAGCUUUACAGAGUGAUUGAACUGACUCCAUUGUUGUUAUGGAAUUCAACAAAUAAUUGUAAUUAAAAUUAAUAUAAAAGUUAUUUUUGACCUGUUUUUUUGUUAUCUUAUCCCUCAAGCAAGAGUAGUAGAAUCUUGUUGACACAAAUCUUGAGAAGGCAUCAGCCGUGAGAUGGCACCUUUGUCUUCUUCACUAAGGAUUUGACAUUACUUAUAUCUUCUCCACUAAGGAAUGGGAGAUUCUUCCUUCCCCUCCCUUUGACUUCGACGGCGGCAUGCACAUCGUCAUACUCCCAUGGCUCGCCCUCGGCCACCUCCUUCCCUUCGCGGAGCUCGCCAAGCGCAUCGCCCAGCACGGCCACCGCGUCUCCUUCCUCGCCACCCCUAAAAACAUCAGCCGUCUCCCCGUCCUUCCUCCCCACCUAUCCUCCCUCAUCCGCUUCGUCGAGCUCCGCGUGCCCCCCAUCGAACACCUUCCGCACGGCGCCGAAGCUUCUAUCGACCUACCCUCCGACGACCUCAGACCCUAUCUGCGCCAGGCCUUCGACGCCUUCCAGCACCAGCUAUCUGCGCUCCUCCGCCGGACGCCGCCCGACUGGAUCCUCUUCGACUAUGCAGCCUACUGGGCGCCCCGGGUAGCCGCGGAGUUCGGCGUGCCGUGCGCCUUCGUCUCCCUCUACGACGCCGCAGUGCUCACCUUCUUCGGACCGCCGUCGGCGCUGAUGGGCGGCGAGGGCGCCAGGACGACGCCCGAGCAGUUCGCGGAGCCGCCGGCGUGGGUCCCCUUCGAGUCUACCAUCUUCUACAAGCCGUACGAGGCAAGGGAGCUGUUCGAGCCGGGGGCCGUGCCGGACGCCUCCGGCGUGUCGGAAUCUUACCGGUUCGGCAAGUCCAUGCAAGAUUGCCAGCUGAUAGCCAUCAGGAGCUGCAAAGAGUACGAAGAGGAGUGGUGCGACCAUCUCGGGAAGCUUCACGAGCGGCCGGUGAUUCCGCUGGGAUUUUUCCCUCCCUCGCCGCCGGAAGCGGAGAGCGAAAACAGAACAUGGAGCGGAAUCCGCCAAUGGCUCGAUGAGCUAAACCCGGGCUCGGUCGUUUACGCCGCGUUCGGAAGCGAAGUGAAGCUGAGGGAUUGGCAGUUGCAGGCGAUCGCUCUCGGCCUGGAGCAAUCCUCGCUGCCGUUCGUUUGGGCGGCGAGAGCGCCGGCGGGGUCGCACGCUACGCUGCCGGAAGGCUUCAUGGAGAGGACCAAAGGGCGGGGGCUUGUGUGCAUGGACUGGGCGCCUCAGGUCCGUGUCCUCCGUCACCAGUCAGUCGGCGGAUUCUUGACUCACGCCGGGUGGAAUUCGAUCGUCGAGGGGCUCGCCUCCGGGCGCGCCCUGGCGCUGCUGCCGCUCAUGUUUGAUCAAGGGCUGAACGCGAGGGAUCUCGUGGGAAGAGGGGUCGGCGUGGAGGUGCCGAGAAGAGAGGACGACGGAACGUUCACGGCGGAUGGGAUCGCGAGGACCUUGAGGCUGGUGAUGGUGGAGGAAGAAGGAGAGGCAUUGAGGGCGAAGGCGAAGGAGUACGGGAAGCUCUUUGGGGACGAGGAGACGAACGACCGCUGUGUGAGGCAAUUCAUCGAACAUCUAGAAGACCACCGGAGGCGAUAGCAAGCCGAUCCUCUUCAUUAAAAACACACCUGUUAAUGUUGUGCUUGACUUAGGAAGAGAAACACGCAUGACAUUCACGUGUUCGGGCUGCCUUUAAAGUUUAAAUCAUCUUUAUUUUGAAUA